AUAAUUUAUAAGUAAAUAUUUUAAUAGGAUUUUUAUUUUUAAAAUUUUGUUUACUCCUGUCAGAAUCGAAAUUUGGCAAUGGUGUCAUUGCCAAAAUGGUCGAGACUAUUUACUCUUGUAAAAAUCGCCUUACAGCUUGAAAAUAUUCUUUUAAAAGUUAUAAAUAUUCUAGAAAGAGCUUUCUUUUUCAAUCUUUAAAUAAGAUUUAAAGGGGCUUUAGUUAAACGUGUAGCUGUACGAAACACACGCAUCCCUUGUUUCUAUUACUUCCCUUAACCAACUUUUAAACUGUUCGUGGAACGCAUGGCCACGUGCCGUCUGAUGACGUCAGCAGUGUGUUUCUGAAUUUAGAACCUUCGUAACGGAGACUUAAAAACUCUUUUUUUCAUACAGAUAACUUGUAUCCAGAUAGAAUAAAUAUGACGUCGGCAAAAUUUGUGUAUUAAUUCUAGAAUUCUACUAGUUGAUAGCGUAUGAUGGAAAGAAAUGAGUUCCAUGAUUCAAGACUGUCUCAUCAGAAGAAGGCAGAAGCUAAAAAGAAAUCUCGUAGUUUACCAUCCCAAAAUAAAACUAAAGGUAUUAAAAUGGAUCAUUCAGCAAUAUUUGCUGCAUAUAAGAGGGAAGAACAAAAACUAGGAGAUUUUUCGCUAAGUUCGGAUACCUCUUGUUCUUCAUUGGAAUUUCUGAAACCGAAUGAAAUCGACUCAAAGAAAUUAGGUAAUGAUUCUUCUAGCAGCACAGAGAAAAGAAAUCAUUCACUGGAUAGCCUUACUAGAAAAGAACGGAUGGAAGCUUUAAAAGCCAGAGUGGAAGCGGAAAGAUUGAAGUAUGGUGAAAGUUCCUCAGAUGAUGAAAAAGAUCAGGUUAAAAGACUUUCCAGAUAUCACAGCGAUGAAGCAAUUCAUCGCACGUCUCGAGAUCCGAAUAGAUCACGUCCAGGUCGGACGGAAAGAUAUCUAAAAAGAAGAUCUCAAGAUGAGUCUUCGUUAAAAAACUUUAAUAAAGGUAAACCUCCUGCUGGACGGUCGGGAAAAUCUGGUCAAGAAUCUCAUUCACCAGUUCCUAUUAAAACUAAGUCCAUACCUCAAGAAAUUCCUGUAACGCAUAUUUCCAAUGCAAUUAUGACGCCUCUUAAUGUAACAACGGUAAUUACUCGAAAUGAUUCAAAUCCCAGUCAGCCUUCGCCCAACGAUUCGGGUGUUAGCACUCAAUCAGUUGCAUCAAGUCCUAGUAUUGGUCGAGCUCCAAGUCCUUCGAAACGAUGGCAAGAGACAAGAUUAUGUGCUAAAAUCGAGCCAGGAUCGAAAAUGCGAUUUCGAAAUUUCAGUUCCAGUGAUAGAUCACGAUCGUCGUCUGAUGUUAGAAGUGAAAAGUGUGCAUUUUCUUCAGUUUCAACAUCACCAGUUCCCAGAAUUUAUCCAGAGUUUAUACAUCGAUGUAGAAGACUAUCAACUGGUGAUGCGGAAAACUGUACCGGUAAUGGAAGAGCUAUGGCAAUUCUUAGACCGAAAUUUCCAGAUUGUUGCUGUCACGCUGAACGAAUGUGUUGCUCUGUUCCUUUUCGAUUUGUUCCACACUGUGCAAAUUCAUAUACCAACUGCAAUAGGAAACCUAUUCUUUAUAGUUACACUGAUCAAGCACCAAAAUAUUCUGUCAAUUCUUCGAGUCAUGUGAAGAAAAUGGUUUCGAAAAUUCAAAAGAAUAAUGAAGAAAAAGCAAAAUCAAAUCACACAAUAGGUGAAUACGUAUCAAAGCCAAUGGAAUCUAAUGCAUCUCAGCCAUGUGAAACUAAAAUACCAUCGUGUCCUAUUCAUUUUACUAAAUCACGAGCACUUCAUACACUUCCUAACAGAAUGAAUAAUGUUGACUAUCAGUCUGCUAUUCCUCGACUUUGCGCAUCUGGUCAUAAGCAAAAGUCUCCACCUUCUCCAAAUUGCAGACCACUUUCAAUGGUGAUAGACACUUUAGACUAUUUAACUAAUCCCAAAAAUUAUACUAAUGUCUCCCCAGAAACACAAACACAAAACGCAGAUAAACCAAUUCCUCCAGUCCCUCCUAUCAGAAAAUAUCACUGGAACUCUACUAUGAAUCUGAAUGCGAGAUCGAAACUUGAAGAUAUUAUGAAGAAAACAAGAAGCAGUUUGACUAGUCCAGAAAGUGAUUACAAACCUGAAUCGAAUGAAAACGUAAUAAGCAAAAGUCCUCAUCUCUCUAAAACGAUUAAUAAAGGUUCAGAAAAUUUGGAUCAAGCUCUUAAAGAGUUAGAGGAAAUUUAUAAAAGUUUACAACUGAAUGAUGAUGAUCUUGCUGAUAGAGCGGAGCGUCGUGAUCUUCCAACAAAACAUCAAGAGGGAUAUUCCUCUGUUCAAACGCGCAAUUCUUCUUCUCGCGAUGAUGCACGAUGCGUUGAUGAAAAUCUUCAGAAGAGGCCAAUUUCUAGAAGUUACGAUUGUCUGCUAGUAUGCAAUAGACCGGUCCAAAUGCGUGCUCCUCCUCUGAGAAGGGCCGGAAUAGCAGACAAAGUGACUGAUGAUUUUGCAUAUCGAAGAUUUCAAAGAGCUGUUUCUCAGAAUAAACAGCCAAAAUCCGAAAAUGCUCAAAGUUAUCUUUUAUGUUCCUCGGUUUUCACCCCUUCUUUAAGCGUUAACGAAUACUUCAAAGAUCUGACAGCUAAAUCUCAACCGGAUGUCGAAAAAGAUGAUCUUUCAUAUCGAAAUUACACUCAGUCAACUGGUGCUAAAGUACAGAAUAGUCAACCACCUUUUGGUAUACCUUUGGGACCCGUGGUUAAGUCUUCCUCAACUAGCUACUUACAAGCCAGUCCAAAAGAAGAUACUAGGCCUAUUUAUCGUCACCAAGAAACCCCAGACGUGGUAAGAGACGAUAUGGCCUACAGGAAUUUACGCAAAGAUAUUUCAAAGAUGUUCACUCGACAGAACAAAAAAUAUCGCGCCGUUCGUUCUCUCUCAGCUAACAUAUCUCAAUUAGUCAAUCAGCACCAAGCUCUGGAAACAGCGAAAGAUCUCAGCAAAGCUCAAAGUAUGAACGACAUCAUAACAGCUCUAGAAAAACAAUCUAGUGAAUGGAAAAAUCUCAGCCGUUUAGUAUCUCCGGAGCAAGUAAAAUCUCCAGAAUCUAGCAGUACAGACGACAGUACACCGCGUUGUUUCAACAAUGUCGUUUCUGGAACAUCCGACGGAUUCACUUUAUCAGAAUCAUCUACGGAAUGUAGAAGUCCCAAAAAAGAAUUUAGAGAAAAACGAACGCAACCCGAAGGUUCCGAAAAUUCUAAAAAUGUCGUUGAUCGCGAACCGCUCUUUAAAAAUAAAUCAGUUUUAGUGGAUUGUUGUCGCCUUGUAUCUGCUGCUCGCGAUGCUCGUAAACAUAAAUCGCUAUCUGUAUAUCAACCCUCCGUAUCUUCACCACCUCCGCUCAGAUACCAAGAUGUAUGGUCGGAUACCGAUGUCAAGAUGAAACGUCGAACUAUUGCUCUCGAUGAAAAUCAAUUGGAUGCCCUCCUCACGUCUCUAUCGAGGGAUACAAAAUCUAAACCCGCAGAGGAAUUACCACUGACCAACAAUUCCAAUUACGUGGACGUACGUAUAACUGCGUAGUCAAAAAAACUUUCAUUAACCAAUUCAUGUGCCAGUUUGUAAAAAUAGUAAUUUUUUAGAUAUUUUUUUUCUUAUUACCUCAGUCGCUGAUGAAUACAAUCAAGAAAUGCGAUUAGAAAAAUCGCCGAAACCAAAGAAUAUUUUAACAAAAAAAUUUUAAUUAUAAUGUUAUAAAAUCAAAAUCGCUCAAUGUUUAGUUUAUUCUCUAGAGAUAAUUUGUAUUUUGUUCAUUUAAAAUAUUAAACAAAUUUCAUUUUUU